UCACUUGUCUUUUGUACCUCAUCACAUGACAAAAAUCUACUAGUAAUUGAUCAUAUUUUAUAACUAUAAAAGAACACCCUUUUUCAAACAUUUGAUCUCCCCUUGAAACUUGGGUCUUGACUCAUUUCUCUCCCCCCAAACUUUCUUGGGUCAUCCCCAAUGAAUCUUUAUAUAUAUUCAGCUUAAAAAUCUUGCAUUUCAUAUUGUGUUUUCUUUGUUAAAAGAAAUGGGGAAGACGAUUAUGAGUUUUGGCAAGUUAUUGGACAGUUUGUGUCUCUCAAAUGUCGGUGCAAGUUCUUGUCUUUGUUGCAUUAAAAAUUUUGAAACCCAAGACGAUUCUGAGUUUGAAACAGAACCACUUGUCGAUCAAUCCAAAGAUGCAUCGGAUAAACCUCAGACUCUUGCCUUCUUUCUAAAGCCAAAGAUGGUGGUGCUAAGGGUGUCCAUGCAUUGCAAUGGUUGUGCAAGGAAGGUACAAAGGCACAUCGCCAAGAUGGAAGGAGUGACAUCCUACCAAGUGGACCUGGAAACCAAGAUGGUGAUCGUAAUGGGAGACAUUGUUCCAUUUGAGGUGUUGGAGAGUGUUUCGAAGGUCAAAAAUGCACAACUUUGGACUGAACCCAUCUCAUGAUUUUUCGGAAUAGAAUAGUCGUAUUAAAAUCAAAUAUAUUUUAUCUAUGUGUAUGUAGAAUUUAAAAAGAUGUCGUUAUAAAUGGCUUUUGGGUUAGGUUUUGUCAUCAAUUAAAACAUGUAUUUGUUUAUUUAUGAUAUGAACUCAUCCUGUAUUAAGCUUA